UCUCGAACCACCGCAGCGAGCACCCCGCGACGCGCACCGGCCCGAGAGACGGGUCCGCUGGCCAUUCUUCCGACCGCCCGCUCGCUCGACGACCUUCGCUUGCACCGGCCCGCGAACCCGCCCGCCCCGACCCCGUCCUCUCCUCCGCCGCGCCCAUGGCCCAAGGCACGCGGACGGCCGCCGCGCCGACGACGGCAUCCUCCAACGGCGCCGCAGCCACCCAUGCGCCACAGCCCACCGCCGUGAAUCGCAAGAAGCAGAAGCGGCGGGAGAAGGAAGCCGCGAAGAAGGCGGCCGAGUCGCAGAAGCAGCCCGCAGGCCCCGUGAAGAACGGCAUGCCGCAGCCUGCCCUGCAGCCCGCCCAGCACCCCCACGCGCCGCCCGCCCACCAGCAGGCGCCGCAGUACGCAGACGUCGACUACGAAGCCGAGCUCGACGACGGCACCCCGCACGACGACGAGGGCGACUUCUACUCGGACGAGGCCGACGACGGCUACUACGACGAGCAGGGAUACCCCACCAAUGGCCACUACGAGCCUGCGUACGCCUCGCGGCCGCCGCCCGGCAGCGUGGGCAAAAAAGCGAAGAAGAAAUCAAAAGCGCCGCCCCCGCCACAGCCCGCGUACCACAACCCCCCGUUACGAUCGAAUCCCCACGCGCGCAAGCCCAACACCAACGCGAACAGCCGCAUAUGGAACACCACGACCCAAGAGGAGCGGGAGCGCAUCCGCGAGUUCUGGCUGUCCCUCGGCGAGGACGAGCGCAAGUCGCUGGUCAAGAUCGAAAAGGAAGCCGUCCUGCGCAAGAUGAAGGAGCAGCAGAAGCACUCGUGCAGCUGCACCGUCUGCGGACGGAAACGGACGGCAAUCGAGGAGGAGCUAGAGGUGCUGUAUGAUGCAUACUACGAGGAACUCGAGCAGGCCCCUCGCCCCAUCAUGCCCACCCACGCCCCACCGGGCCACUACAGCGAUCCCGACGAGUAUUCAGGUGAUGAAGAGGAGGGAGACCAAGACUACUCGAAUAGUGAGAUAUCAUCCGAGGAAGACUACAGCGAGGAGGAGCGGAGCUUACCACCGCCUGAAACUGCGGAUUUUCUCCGGUUCGGCAAUAGUCUACAAGUAAAAGGUAUUGCAUCUGUCAUGUCGCUGUUGCGGGAGAGACUGAUGCAUUCUCCAGGCGGAAUCCUAACCGUGGCCGACGACCUGCUGAAGAACGACGGGAAGAAGUUCAUCGAGAUGAUGGAGCAGCUCGCGGAGCGGAGAAUGCAGCGGGAGGAAGAGGCACAGUACCAAGCUCAUCCGUCCAUGUACCGAGGAGGCCCCCACAACUCGCACCACAACCCACCCCCGGAAGAAGACGACUUCGAUGACGAGGAGGAAGAUGAGGAAGGGUACGAGGACGGGGACUACGAGGACGACGAGGACGACGAAGAAGACACGAUGACCGAGGAGCAGCGAAUGGAGGAGGGAAGACGCAUGUUCCAAAUAUUUGCCGCGCGAAUGUUCGAGCAGAGGGUUCUCCAGGCCUACCGAGAAAAGGUGGCAAAGGAACGCCAGGAACAACUGUUGCAGGAACUCUUGGAGGAAAACCAGCAACAAGAGCUCAAGGACGCCAAGAAAGCCAAGGAAGCUGCGAAAAAGAAGGAGAAAAAAGAGAAGCAGAAGCAGCAGAAGCUGGAAGAAAAGGCGCGCAAGGAAGCUGAGCAAGCGGCAAAGGAGGCCGAGCUGAAGGCAGCAGAAGAGAAGCGACAGGAAGAACAGCGGAAGAAGCGGGAGGAGCAAAGGAAGAAGAAGGAAGCCGAGCGGAAAGCACAAGAGGAAGAGAAGCAGCGCAAAGAAGCCGAGCGACUCAGGCGGCAACAAGAGGAACGCGACCGGCAACAGGAGGCUGAACGAAAGGCGCGGGAGCAUAAGCAGCAGGAGAAGAAAGCUCGAGAGGAAGCCAAGCGGAAGGAGCGUGAAGAGCGUGAAGCGAAGGAAAAGGAGGUCAAGGAGAAGAAGGCCCAGGACGAAAAGGACCGCCGAGAUCGCGAUGCGAAAGCUAAAGCCGAAAAGGAACGGGCACGGAAAGACGAGCAUACCGCUUCUCAGCAUGCCACUGUGCCGGCGAAGAAGAACUCACAACCUGUUACUGUGGCUCUGCCACCUCAGUUGCUGAAGCAAACUUCUUCGACGGGAAUGCCUUCGCCCCACGUAACACCGGCCGUGCCAAAAGCCCCCACACCGAGCAGACCACGUCAAAGUUCGCAACAGGGCUCGCAUGGAUCGUCUCCGAAGCCCUCGAGCAAAUCAAUGUCGCCUACGUCACAAGCGCAGGUUCCUAUUGUUCCCAAGUCGAUUCUCACCAAACCUCCAACCUCACAACAGCCUAACCAAGCACCUCCAACGCAACCCACAUCGCCUAUGCCACCGAUAGGCCCACCGCCUGGGAUGCCUAUACCCCCAGGUAUGGGAAUGGGGACCAUGCCGCCUGGUCUGAAUGGUUUCCCCGGUCAGAUGCCCGGCAUGAUAGGCCCCGGUCGGAACAUGCCAAUGUUCCCGCCUCAACCUGUUGCGCAGCCUUUCCGGGGUUUCCCGCCUCCAGGCAUGCACGCACCAAACCCUAUGUCAAUGGGCCGAGGAUUUCCUAUGGAUGGACCGCCACCCGGUUUUGGACCGAUGCAAGGUUUCCCCACCCCGACGCAUCCUCCCGGCUUCGGUAUGGGGAUGCCCUCCCACUCUCGGCAGACUUCAGGGUCGUUUGGGAAGCAGGACGCAGACAGCCCUGUCGGUCCACCAGGAGCACACCCCAUCCAGCGGCCAGCGCCUAUCCAGCGGCCAUCCAGCACUAAGCCUCACGAUGAUGGCAUGGGCCGCGACGUGGACGAGCUCGCAAACCAUCUAGGGAGCAAAGCGCUGUUGGAUGAUGCAGAAGACCUUGAUCUCGAUGAGUUCAAUCCCACCGCGGCGCGCAGGAGGAGCACUCAGCCUGGACAUGGCUCGCUGCGAGGAGCGCCACUUGGUUUCGGAUUCGUCGAUAUACCAGGCCCACCGCGACCCGACAUACCCGGGCCAUUUGCAGGCUCGAAUAAUGCCAGUGUCUGGGGAACCCCGCCGAUGGGCGGUAUGCCUUUCCCGAUGCCAGGUGCAGGCUGGGGUACCUCGCCGACGUCGAACCUCUUCAGCAACCCGUUUCCCAUGAUGUCAGCACAGCGACCACACGAACAACGCGGACCGGGUGAGCAGCGACUUGUCUGGCUUCGACGCAUAGUAUGUUCGACUUGCAAGAUGCUCUCCAUGCGACAGCCCGGCGCCGACGGUUACAUGGACGCGCAGGAGGUCCAGAGCCACAUCGAAUCCGCGCGGGGUCCGAACGAGCCGUCCGUAGGCAUGCAGGAAAUCAAAGAGGCAUGCGACAUCAUCGGCGACCACAAUAACGGCGGCGGAUCCCUUGAGUACAAGGAAUCGCCGCCCGGACACCUCAGCCACAUCAAGUAUGUCGACGCCAGUGCCAUACCGCCGCCCACGCUCGGCGAGAUCGGCAGCCCCAUCCCCUCGCACAGCGUGCCGGUGGGCGGGGGCUUCGGCGCCGGCAGGCCGUUUCCGGGGCUCGGGCCGCAAGGCUUCUAACUCGCUUCUCUUCUUUUCUCGCGUCAAUUUCAAUAUCCCCUUUCUAGUUGGAUGGAACUUGGACAUGGUUUGUUGUCAAGGAACAGGACAGAACAGGACAGGGCUUACUUGCUGGAUAUCGAUGAUGGGCUAUUGCGUAGUUGGUCUACUCACAAGUACGAGCGUCCUAGGCUUUGACCGGACUGCUUGGCCC